UGCCUGCAGCACCGAUAUAAAGAAUUGAGGCAGGGACCUACAAGAAAAAGUCCUCCACUAGCGGUUCCCUCUUGACCCGCGCUAUGGUUUUCAGUGCCUGUUUUGUGGGACUGGUUUUACUGCAAACCUCGUGGGCAACGGAAGCAACACUGCACUAUGCUCUCAUCUUCCCCUCAGAGCUGCGUGCAAGCCAUCAAGAAAAGAUCUGCUUGCAAUUGGAGGGAGCUCGAGGAGAGAGCAAUGUAGAAAUAUCACUGAACCUGGAUGAUAAGAACACAACACUGAUAGAUAAAAACUUUCAAGAAAACUCCAUAUUCACCUGCUUCAACCUGCAGGUUUCAGACCCUGAAAAAGAAAAAGAGGUCGGCAAACUGACACUUUCCAUCAAAACUGUGGAUGAAAACAUAACCAAAACCACUAAGCUUAUUGUGAGGAAGCAAAUAUCCAAGGUUCUAGUCCAAACAGACAAGGCUGUGUACAAGCCCGGUCAAGCUGUGCAAUUCAGAAUUCUAUCCCUUAAUGAAGAUUUUAAACCAGAAAGCGAAGCAAUUCCAGUCAUUGAAAUGCAGGAUCCAGACAAAAAUAGGAUUGGUCAAUGGUUAAAUGUGAGCCUCAAUCAGGGAAUCGCUGAGCUCUCCCUAUUACUCUCCUCCGAGCCCACACUAGGGCAAUAUGUCAUCAAAAUGAAAGAUGCAGUCCAUUACUUCAGCGUGGAGGAAUAUGUAAUUCCAAAAUUUGAGGUCAAUCUUCAUUUCCCCAAGAAUGUCAUGUUCAACAGUAAACAAUUUCCAGUUAAAAUAUGUGGCAGGUACACAUAUGGGAAGCCAGUACAUGGAAAUUACACUAUGUCCAUUUGUAGGAAGUAUUAUUCAAGAUUUUGGUCAGGUACACAGGAGGAACCUCCAAUUUGUCUUUAUUUUCCUGGAAAGCUCGACAGAUCUGGAUGCCAAACCAUAGAGGUCCAAUCUGAAAUCUUCAAACUAAACAAAACUGGCUUGGUAAAGCAAUUUACUGGUUUGGCCUCUAUCACUGAAGAGGGGACUGGGGUGGAUCAGUCAACAUCCAGUGAAACAAGCAUAUCUACUGUCAUCAACAGACUGUCAUUUGUUCAUACUGAUAAGGACUAUAAGCCUGGGAUACCAUAUAGUGGACUGAUUAAAAUGGAAGAUGCAGAUGGUAAUCCAAUACCAGACACUGCGGUUUUUCUUCAGAGCAGAUCUAAUUUAGUCAAUCUGACUUUAGUGACAGAUGAGAAUGGUCAAGCAUCCUUUACUUUAAAUACCAGCAACUGGGAAGCCAAAAUGUACUUGAAGGCUAGAACGUACCUGGACACUGAGCCAUAUACUCCUGGUGAAAUCAGGCCUAGUUAUGGCAUAGCCUCCUUGCAUGUUGCCCAGUUCUACACUCGGAGCAAGAGCUUAUUGAAGCUCUACCAUUUGGACAAAGUUCUUUCAUGUGAGGGGCAUCAGGAGGUUUUAGUUGAAUAUAUCAUUCAGUACUCUGAGCUGAUGGAGGCCAAACAACUCUAUCUACAUUAUCUGUUACUUUCUAAAUCUUCAAUAAAAGAUUAUGGGUCUGUAGAAAUUAACAUUACAAAUGAUACUGAAGAGAUACAUGGAAAAGCCACUUUAAAUCUCAGAUUAAGCGGAGACACAUCAACAACUAUUCAUGUCCUUGUCUACAUUCUUCUACCUAAUGGAGAAAUAUUAGCAGACACUGAAAAGUUCAACGCACAGAAAUGUUUUAAAAAUAAGGUAUCAAGUGGGUUUACACCUGAUGAACUUCUUCCAGGAUCAGAUGUGUCUCUCCAGGUUGAGGCUGCUCCUGGAUCUCUCUGUGGUCUACGGGUGGUAGAUCAGAGCGUGGUACUGAUGAAACCAGAGAAGGAGCUGACUGCUGACAAAGUUUUUGACUUAUUUUCCUACUCGGAAGUUUGGUUUUCCGAUUAUGGAAUCUGGGAAACUGAAGAUGCAUGUAGAUUUCCCAGCUUUAUGCAUGAUCACCCCUUUCUACGGCAAGGAAGAAUACUACGGCCCUCUGGCGCCAGCAUCGUGGAUGUGUACAGCUUGCUAAAGUCCAUGAGUUUAAAAAUAAUAACAAGUGCGGGUAUAAAGAAGCCUGUGGAAUGCUUACCAAGAACUUUUAUUCUAAGAGGUGGUGUAAUACCUCCUGCUAGAGAUGGAAAUAGAAGUCACAUAACGCCCAUAAGCGGCGUGGAAGUCAUGAGACUAGAAACAGGACGAGCCAUAAGAAAGGAAUCACAAGAAACUGAAAAAGUGAGAGCAUAUUUCCCCGAGACUUGGAUUUGGAAACUUAUUCCUCUAGGAGAAUCGGGCAAAACAGAACUUCACUAUCGAGCUCCAGAUACCAUCACUGACUGGAAUGCAGGAGCCGUAUGUAUGGGACCCAGUGGAUUUGGCAUUUCUCCUUCGUCAUCCCUUAGAGUUUUCCAGCCGUUCUUUGUCGAUCUUACCCUGCCUUACUCUGUUGUCAGAGGAGAGUCAUUUACCCUCAAAGCCUCAGUCUUUAACUACCUGAAACAAUGUAUAAAGGUGCAAAUCACUCUGAAGACCACUGAUGAAUUAGAACAAAAACCAUGCCCUGACUGUCAGUAUAGCAGUUGUCUGUGUGAAGAUGAGAGCAAAACCUUCUACUGGGACCUAAAAGCCUCUAAACUAGGUGAUGUGAAUAUCACAGUAAAGACAGAAGCUGUGGACACUGAGGAAUUAUGUGGAAAUGAGGUACCGAUUGUCCCAAAGCAAGGCAGAACUGAUACCAUUGUAAAGUCAGUACUCAUACAGCCUGGAGGUAUUCUUGAGGAAAAAGCACACAGCAAUCUGAUCUGUAUCAAAGAAGGAGAUCAGCCUAAACCAGAAGAGCUAUCACUAAAGGUCCCUGAAAAUAUUCUAAAGGAUUCUGCAAGAGCAUAUAUAACAGUUUUGGGGGAUCUAAUGGGCACAGCUAUGCAGAACCUUGACCGUCUCCUGGCCAUGCCAUAUGGUUGCGGAGAACAGAAUAUGGUUUUGUUUGCACCUAAUAUCUACAUCCUGCAGUAUCUAGAAAAAUCACAUCAACUAAACAAAGAAAUUCAGAGCAAAGCCAAAACAUUCCUGGAGCAGGGGUACCAGCGUCAGCUUAGGUAUAAACACGAUGAUGGGUCAUACAGUGCCUUUGGAAAAAGUGACAAAGAGGGAAACACAUGGUUGACUGGAUUUGUGCUGAAGUCCUUCAGCAAAGCUCGACCUUAUAUCUUCAUAGAUGAAAGUCAUCUGAACCACUCCCUUCUCUGGCUGAAAAAUAGCCAGCAAGACACUGGAUGUUUCCGGAGUGUGGGGAGGCUUUUCAAUAAUGCCAUGAAGGGAGGUGUAGAAGAUGAAGUUUCCUUUUCUGCUUAUAUAACUCUUGCUCUUUUGGAAACUGGAGUGUCUGUGCAGGAUCCCUUGGUAAGGAAUGCUCUGUCUUGUUUAAAGCAAGCUUCUGUAAAUUCCAGUAAUGUUUACACCCAGGCCCUUCUGGCUUAUACCUUUACAUUGUCUGGAGACACACAACUUACAAAAACUUUGAUGGAUAAAUUGGAAGAAAAAGCAGUACAUGGAGAUGGACAACUACACUGGAAACGGGACUCUCCUCCUCCUUCUAAAGUCUCAUAUUGGUGCCGAGCUCCAUCAGUAGAAGUGGAGUUGAAUUCCUAUGUGCUUUUAGCUCUGCUGUCUGGUCCCACUCAAGACUUGGGCAAAGCUUCCCUGAUUGUGAAUUGGUUGAGCAAACAGCAGAACCCGUAUGGAGGGUUCUCUUCUACACAGGACACGGUGGUGGCUCUUCAGGCCCUGGCCAAGUAUGCAGAAGUCACGUUCACUGAUGAAGGAGAUGUGACUGUUACCAUCAGUUCCAAGACGGGAUUAAUCGAGAAGUUUCAUGUGGACAAAAAUAAUCGUCUGCUUCUCCAAAAGGCCAAGCUAUCAACUAUCCCUGGAGACUACACAGUGACAUCUACAGGGACUGGUUGUAUCUUUGUUCAGGCUGUACUGAGAUACAAUAUCCCUCCACCAAAGAGAGAAGCAACUUUUUCAUUAACCAUUACAACAUCUUCAAUACUUCAAUGUCGGCUGGAUCCAGUGAAACAUUUUGAAAUACUCAUCACUGCUGCUUAUAUUGGUGCCCGGGAGAAAUCAAACAUGGCUGUUAUUGAAGUCAAGAUGUUGUCUGGAUAUAUUCCAGUGAAGAGCACAGUAAGGAAACUGAAAGAAGACAAAUUGAUAAAGAGAAGUGACAUCCAGACUGACAUGGUGACCCUUUACCUGGACCAGUUGGAUCACAACCCAGUAAACCUUUCCUUCAUAGUGGAACCGCACAUAACGGUGAAAGACCUAAAACCAUCUACAGCGAAAGUAUACGAUUACUACGAGAUAGAUGAACAAGCCACAGCAGAAUACACUCUCCCUUGCAGUACUGAUAAUACCACAAAUUCAUGAUAAGACCUGGCUGUAUACAUCAUCUGUUCCUGAGAGCUACCACUGAGAUCUGUUGCUCUGAUAUUAAUAAAAUAAUAAUGAAAACGUAAA